AUGAUGGCUGCGAGGGAACAUCAUACGGUGCCGCUUUCGGUGCUCUUAAAGCGAGAAUUGGCAAAUGAAAGGGUAGAGAAGCCGGAGAUUUUAUAUGGACAGGCUAGUCAGAGCAAGAAGGGGGAGGAUUUUACAUUGUUAAAAACUGAAUGCCAGAGAAUCGUCGGCGAUGGGAUCACUACUUAUUCUGUUUUCGGGUUAUUUGAUGGACAUAAUGGGUCUGCAGCAGCAAUAUACACUAAGGAGAAUCUACUCAACAACGUCAUAGCCGCCAUGCCUCCAGAUCUUAACAGAGAUGAAUGGGUAGCAGCAUUGCCAAGAGCUUUAGUUGCAGGGUUUGUCAAAACAGAUAAAGAUUUUCAAGAGAGAGCUCGAACUUCUGGAACAACUGUCACAUUUGCAAUAAUAGAAGGAUUGGUUAUAACUGUGGCAUCUGUUGGCGAUUCCCGUUGCAUUCUUGAAUCUGCUGAAGGCGAUAUCUAUUACUUGUCAGCAGAUCAUAGGCUCGAGUGCAAUGAAGAGGAGAGGGAGCGCAUUACUGCAAGUGGGGGUGAGGUGGGACGGCUGAAUACUGGAGGCGGUGCGGAGAUUGGCCCUUUGAGAUGUUGGCCUGGUGGCUUAUGUCUUUCAAGAUCCAUCGGGGAUGUGGAUGUUGGCGAGUACAUUGUUCCUGUUCCUUUCGUGAAGCAAAUUAAGUUGUCUACUGCAGGUGGCAGGCUUAUUAUCUCAAGUGAUGGUGUUUGGGAUGCUCUAUCUGCGGAAGUGGCUCUUGAUUGUUGUCGUGGCAUGGCAGCAGAAGCUGCAGCUGCACAAAUUGUCAAGGAAGCAGUGCAGGUGAAAGGACUUCGAGAUGAUACAACCUGCAUUGUGAUUGAUAUAGUACCCCCAGAGAAACCAGCCGCCCCUUUGCCACAACCAAAAAAGCAUGGAAGAGGAGUGUUCAAGUCCAUGUUUCGCAGAAAGUCCUCUGAAUCUUCUUCUCAAAUCGAUAAAGAAUAUCUGGAACCAGAUGUGGUUGAGGAACUAUAUGAGGAAGGAUCAGCUAUGCUUUCAGAGAGGUUAGAUACGAAAUACCCGCUUUGCAACAUGUUUAAGCUGUUUAUGUGUGCAGUCUGUCAAGUAGAGAUAAAACCUGAUGAGGGCAUUUCAAUACAUGCUGGUUCAUCUGAUUUUGGAAAAUUGCGUCCCUGGGAUGGCCCUUUCCUUUGCUUAAGUUGCCAAGAGAAGAAAGAAGCAAUGGAAGGGAAAAGGCCGUCAGGAGAUAGGCAUAGCAGUGAUAGUGACUAG